GGAAACAUCUACUGGUGAACCUUCUGAUCUCAAGAAUGAGACGAACAAACGGCCAAUGGAGACUCACGAUGACCCAUGUAAAAGGAAACAAGAGCCUGGGAGUGACUUUUAUCUACGCUUGUCGAAUAGCUCACCAACUCGUCUUUCUCCAGUUGAUAUCCUUAAAUCUAAAGGUUUGAGGACAAAUUUCGAAUCAUGGACCCAGGAGAAGAUGGGUAUCACAACAAGAGACCCGGCAACUUACCCUCAUUAUGACUUCUACUAUUGGCAUAGAGGCAAAGAAGUCCUGGAUUCGCCUGUUUCCGAACUUGAAACUAUUGGUGAUGCAAAGACCUUUGCAGAGUUCUGUAAGGAAUCAGUAACAACUUCCACGUCGGACGAAGAAUACUGGGAUAAGUUCCAUACAAAGACGUUGGAAUCGAUAAACAUCCCGGUAUAUUCUUUGCCUUAUCAUAUAUCCUUGUUUCCACAACUUGAGAUGGCUUCAGAAAAGCAGGACUUGAAAAGCAGUGUAUUCCAUCCUUGGAACUUGAACAACAUGGCACUGAAUAAGAAUAACUUGCUGUGCUAUCUGCCCAAUGAGUUGGAGAACCUCACGACACCAAGAAUAAGCCUUGGUUCUCAUUACAAAGUGGUGAAUUUCUCAUUGCAAGAUCACGAUGGUUAUCUAUGCGAAUACCACCAUUGGGGAGCUCCUAAAGUGUGGUAUUUCAUAGAUCCGAGUGACAAGGAUAAAUAUGAACAACUGUUACAGAAAUUAUCCAAAGUUUCAAACUCACAUUCUUUUGAUCUUAGUGGGAUUGAAGUCAGUGAAGGCUUAAAGCAAGAUUUGAUUGACUGCCUUAACGAAGGGGGUGAAUUUGAUAAUGGUCCUCAAAUCACAGAGUGUUCGUGGAACUUCAAGAGAAACCUACGUCCCUUUGAUCCUAAUUUGGUUCUAUCACCCAAAUUCUUAAAGGAAAAUGGUAUAACUUGUCAUUGUCAAGUGUCAAAUCCUGGUGAAUUCAUCGUCAAAUUCCCCAAAUCGUAUGCUAUGUCGAUCUCCCUGGGUCCAAACGUUACAGAAUCCGUGCCAAUAUUCCCAAAGGAUUGGAUAAACAUUGCCGAUCACACUAGAUACCCACUGACAAACACCGUCCCAAGUUUCUCCUUCUUCCAAUUGCUGACAAACAUUGUUGAGGAAUCAAAGGAUCCAGAGUUGUUGAGAAUCGUUUCACCUCACUUGGACUCUUUGAUCGACGAAGAGAUGGCUAUUCGUGCAAAUUACAAAUCUGAGAUGAAGCUGAUCACCAACAAGUUCGACUACAUCUCUGAUGAUUCGCUAAGCUCAACUUUCCCUACAAAAGUUGUCGUCAAAGCUCCAAAUUCAAUGCCAAUUAUCUUUGACAGCCGUUCUCCAAUCCCAAAAGAAGUCGUUAAUCCUCAUGGAAUGAAGUUAGAACUGCACGUCUAUUACACUGAUGAGAAGCUCAGAACCAUACAAAGAACAAUGCUGGCACUGAGCCAGACACCGGAAGAAUGGGUUGAAAAGUUCAACAACCUGUUGUUAUCUGACUCUAAACCACCGCUUAAAUCUUUAAAGGCCUUAUACUCUGAGAGCGAACAAGUCUUGAGAGAUAUCCCGCAAGCUGAAACCUUGCGAGAGUACUUAGAAGAUGCUGAUAAAUGGGUGGACAAAGCACAGUUGAUUUUGAAUGCCAAACAAAAGAAUAGAAUCCGUAAUAGGAAGGGAACAAAGACUGAAGAUAGUGACUUCAAGAUUCAGUAUGACUUGCAAGAUUUGAGGAGUUUGGUUGUUUCAAUAUCGGACUUGAGCUUCACCUGUCCAGAAAUCGAACAAAUCCUGGAACUUGCCAAUGAAAUCUCCACUUAUGAAGCUUCUGUUCGCUCUCUAUUGCUUACCGAGGGCUCGUCAAUUGAGCAAUUCAAGGAUAUGAUCGAUCUUGGUAAGUCAUUUGGUGUCAGAUUGGAUUCCAUUGCCCUGUUGGAGAGAAUUCUUUUGAGGUUAGGAUGGUUACAACGAUACGAAGCUUCUUCUAAAGGUCAAAGCUUGGAGGAACUUGAAUCGCUCCUAGAUGAAGGCUAUGACGUUUGCGGUGUUUCUGAUAACUUGAAGGUGAAAUACCUGGAAAACAGGGUUAAUAAUGGAAGACAGUGGUGCCAACGUGCACUAGUGGAGCUGAACAACCCGUCUACGUCAUAUGAGCAGAUCAAUGUUCUAUUGAAGUCGUUGGAUCAUGUUCCCUUGUACCAGGAAGUUGUUGAUAAACUUGAGCUUGUCAAGCAGACACGCAAUGACUACCAAGAUAAACUGGAGAAUCUAUUCAAAGUGCUGAAGGAUAAUGAAACAUUAUUGGGCAAUUUGAGAGAUGAAAAACUGAAGAAAUCUCGUGGUGAUCCAACUUUCAAUGUACAGGUAUACAAUGAGCUUCUGAAUACCUUCAACGGUUCUUCAUCUGAUCCCAGACCAUUGUACAGUUCUUCUAAGGAUAUUAUUGACAGGGCAAAAGAGUUUCAACCGAGUGAACGUCUCUUGACCUUUGACUCGCCCUUGAAGCAAGCUGAGGAUUGGUGGAGGUCCAUGAAGAAACUGUUUGGUAAGAUCAACUCUCCCUUCGCAAUGAUGAAGCAGCAUCUGUCUGAUUUACGGGAUAAGAACUCGAUUGCACUCAGUCUUGAGGAUAAAUAUCACUCGAAUCUCAAGGAAGAGGACCACUCCAUAUAUUGUGUUUGUCGUCGUGCUGAAAGUGGUGUUAUGAUUGCAUGUGAACAUUGUCAAGAAUGGUACCAUUGUAAAUGUCUAAAAUUUGGACGUGGUAAGUCGAAAGAGGUUGAGAACUACAUUUGUCCAAUUUGUGAUUACCAUGUCCCAGUACCAAGGGAGUUCAACUGUCCCAAGCUGGAAGACGUUGAGGAAGUUGUGAACUUGGGAUCAUUUGGUGAUUUGAACCCGGAUCAACUCGAUGUGUUGAGCGAUAUAGCGAAUGAUGGUUUGAAAUUUAGAAGUUUCCUUCAUGAAGCUUUCACCUGGGAAGAUGGUCUGAUAGUUAACGAAACAGACGUUGCCAAAGUCAGAUUUUACCUACGGAAACUUGAAGGUGCCUCUGUGUUGCUGCUGGACGAGUACAAUCAAUUACGCCAAUUGACAUGGGCAUUAGAUCCCUUCUGUGAUGGACCUCCACCGAAUAUCGAUUGCAGUAACAAGACUCAGAGACGCAAGCCAAAAUCGAACAUGAACUCCGUGAAUGUGUCGACUGCCAAUAACUCUGUUGGUAGUGAAGAGAAUGCGUCAACCAGCAAUGUCGCCUCAACCAAUGGGUUACCAUUGCAGCUCCUCGCUGUGUCUUCGCUUGAUGACGUUGGUGGUACUGAUAGUGUCCAGGGAGCCAUAAAUGUCGAUUUGAGUAAAACAGGUGGAGUGAGUUCCAACGAGGUGGCUCCAAGAGAGAUCACUGGUGAAGAGAAGGCAGAGGUGGCCAAUGCUACGCAGGCUGAUACCAAUGCUACGAAGACAGAGACCACCAAUGCUACAGAGAAAGCAGAGACCAACGCUACG